ACUUUUGAGUUUAGUUGUAGAUCGAAGGUGGUGUUUUGUUUUGUCGGCAGAAAGUGAAAGUUUCUCAACUUAAGUGUAAAUAGUCAAUACUUACGAUCGAUGGCUCCAUAUGGUUCUCAUCAAGAAGCCAUAUUACUAGUGCCGCGUAUACAACUUGUAUAAAUAUGGGAGACCUCAAAACUAAUGGUGCAUUGAGGAAGAGAGAAGAAGUCCUGAGUAAACCGGCAAAACAAUUAAUAAAGGAUAAUGAAGAAAUAACUUAUAAAAACUCAUCCGGGAACUCUAAGGCCAUUGGCCUAGUUUUUGUUUCACUUCUGCUGGAUCUUUUGGCUUUUACCAUGAUUUUACCUCUCCUACCUUCUCUAUUGGAUUAUUAUGAUAAAGAAGAAGGCAAGGGCACAAAUUUAUAUGCCUCCUUAUUGGGAGCAGUUCAAAGCUUUCAAAAAGUAACAGGGGCCCCCGAAAAACUAGCGUCAGUAUUAUUUGGUGGUGCACUGGGCUCUAUGUACAGCUUUCUACAGUUUUUAACAAGCCCCAUAGUUGGAAGUCUCUCUGAUGCUUAUGGAAGGAAACCCAUGCUUUUACUGUGUUUGAUAGGGAUAGCAACAUCACAUGCACUAUGGAGCUUUGCAAGCACAUUCAGUAUAUUUGUGCUGGCCCGGUUCAUUGGUGGUCUCAGCAAGGCCAAUGUCAGCUUGAGCAUGGCUGUUGUUGCGGAUGCCUCCAACGAGAAGACCCGGGCUAGAGGAAUGGCACUGGUGGGUUUGGCGUUCUCAAUAGGGUUCAUAGUGGGCCCCCUGGCGGGCGCGUGGUUCGCCAAGAACAACGACAACUCCUCCGGACUCUGGGGGGAGCGGCCAGCGUUCUACGCGCUUUCGCUAUCUCUGGCGAAUAUUGCUCUAGUCAUAUUUUGCUUGCCCGAGUCACUGCCAAAGGAAAAAAGGGCAUCUCUCUCAUUCACUUUAUCCAAGGCAUUGGACUACAUAUCUCCCUGGCAUCUCCUGAAAUUCACGGCAGUUAAAAAUCUAUCGAAACACCAGAACACAGUGCUGUCAAAGCUGGGGCUGAUAUACUUCAUGUAUCUGUUCAUAUACUCGGGCCUCGAGUUCACUAUCACAUUCCUGACGCAUCAUACCUUUAACUAUACUGCCAUGCAGCAAGGGAAGAUGUUCUUGGUUAUAGGGUUAAUUAUGGCUGUGCUACAAGGCGGCGCAGCCAGGAGGCUCGGCUCGGCUGGUGCCGUGCGAGCGGCGCGAGGGGCCCUAGCUCUCACCCCAGUGUCGUUCCUAUGUGUGGCGUUAGCUGCAGUGCCGCGGCCGCCGCUGGUGGCGCCUCUGGCCUGGUUGUGGCUGGGGCUCGUCUUGUUCGCUAUAUCGACGGCUUUCGCGGUGUCCUGCAUGACGGCAAUGGCGGCGGGGCAAGCGCCCGCGGCGGCGCGCGGCGCCGUGCUCGGAGCCCUGCGCUCUCUUGGAGCGCUCGCGCGGGCGAUGGGACCGCUUGUCGCUGCUUCAGUGUAUUGGUGCUCCGGAGCGGCCGUCACCUACGCCAUCGGAUCAAUAAUGUUAAUAAUCCCAGCUGUGAUGUUAUUUAGACUGAAAUCGUAAUAAUUCCGCAGACUUUACACUGCCACUUAACUUAAGCAAUAAUAAUUUAGAGAUCAAGUUUGUAUUAUUACAUUAUUUAUUAAUUUAUUGUUAAGUAUUUCUUUGUACCUUUUAUUUUCCUUUCAUAUGGUUGUAUUAUUGUACCUAUUAUACUAAAUGUACCUAU